AGUCCUCGAGUUGCUCUCCCAUUGGCACAAAACUUUAAACCUUCAUCCAAAUUUUCACCAGAAACUUUACUUGGAAAAUUUAAGAGUUCAUUCGGAAACUUAAAUUCCUGGCUGGACGUUUUUGAAGGUGCUCGAGGAUGGCUGCUGCUAAAGGACUUUUCCCUGGUCUUAAGCGCUGGGCGUGGAACUACGCUGGAUUCAACAAAUAUGGAUUGAAGUUUCACGAUUGUUUGAAUGAGACCCCCGAGGUGGUUGAGGCCCUCCGCCGCCUCCCCGCAAACGUCGUGGACGAGAGGAAUUUCCGCAUCAUCCGAGCUAUGCAACUCUCGAUGCAAAAGAUUUAUCUUCCCAAGGAAGAGUGGUUAACUUUCGAACAGGACGAUUACUACCUUAAGCCAUACUUGGAGGAAGUAGAGAGGGAAUUUAAGGAAAGAGAAGAAUGGCGAAAAAAGUAGAGGAAAUAUAUAUUCACCGCAUUUCUUGAAAUAUUAUCAAUACAAUGAGAAUACGUUCGAAAUCCGUAGCAAAUGUUAUGUAAUCAAAAUCUGUUUAUAGUAUAUAGAUGUAAACUAUUAUUAAUCCCUAUAAAAGAAUUUCUGAGAUGAUGAGAUGAUAAAUGAUUGGUUUUUGCUGCUCGAUUGAUUUUAAAUUAAAACGCCGUGUCCUCUAGUCCAGUUCAACAGUAAUAAAUAAACCUCUACGUGUACAAAAUUGUU